CGCGAGCAGGGAAUCCAAAUUAGGGUUUUUGCUGUUGUUGUCUCCGUAGAAAAGUAAUCAACAGCAUUUACAAUGCUGUUCGAAAAGAUGGAUGGUAUCAAGAACAACUGUUGGUGGAAAAAGUAAACAAUUAGUGUAAUGGGAAUAUCACUUGGCGAUAAUUGGGAAAUUAUGAUAAUAAAAGGUGCAUCAACUAGUACUGCAUGUUUCAGCAGCCGUGCUGGUAUGCUGGGAAAAAGAGGAUCCUCUUCUUCAUCUUGUUCUGCAGGCAAAAUACGGCAAUCAAGCAUAAACAAAUUCAUUCAAUCAGCAAUUAGACCUAAAAGAAGCAAGACAAUGAAUAAGUUGAAUAUGUCUCGAUUAGAAGUCUUGCAAAGCGAUACCGGAGGUCAAAAUGUGCAUCCUCCUCUAGAGGAUUCUGAUCUCCACGUUGCAAUUGAAAAAGCUGUAUCAUCAUCUUAUUACAAAGAUGAAGAUAUUGGACCAGAUUGGCAAAACCGCAAAAGAAGGUCAAGAAUUUGUUGCAGAAACACUUUAGACUUUCAUUGUUGAAGGAUUUUCAGAAGGAAGCUCUAGAAGCUUGGUUGUCUCACCAAGACUGUCUUCCUGUUGCAGCCCUCACACUUUUUCUUUCUUCACCAUUCUCUCCCUUCCUGUAAAAUAUGAUUUUGGAUGUCUUGGAGUUAUGUUUCUGUAGGGAAAUACUGGGAAGGUUGUCAUUGUUAUAUUGGACCAGAUUGGCAAAAGAAGGUCAAGAAUUUGUUGCAGAAACACUUUGGACUUUCAUUGUUGAAGGAUUUUCAGAAGGAAGCUCUAGAAGCUUGAUUGUCUCACCAAGACUGUCUUGUUCUUGCAGCAACAGGAUCAGGGAAACCUUUGUGUUUUCAGAUUCCGGCAUUGCUGACUGGGAAGGUUGUCAUUGUUAUAUCACCGCUGAUUAGGUUGAUGCAUGAUCAGUGUUUGAAGUUAGCAAAACAUGGUGUUUCUGCUUGCUUCCUUGGAUCUUGUCAAACUGAUCGAAGUGUUGAACAAAAAGCAAUGGCAGGCGUGUAUAGCAUCAUUUAUGUAUGCCCUGAGACAAUUUUAAGACUCAUAAAACUCCUCCAAAGCCUUGCAGAAAGUCAUGGCAUUGCUCUAGUUGCAGUCCAUGAAGUUCAUUGUGUUUCUAAGUGGGGACAUGAUUUUCCACCAGAUUACAGAUAUGGAAUGAACACUUCUUGCUAUAGAGCCAAGACACUUGUGGAGUACUUUGGCGAGCACUUUCUUUUGGAGAUAUAUCUCGUGUGUGAUAUAUGCAUCAAAGGUCCACCUGAAAGACAGAAUUUAAAUGCUGAGGCGAUGAUCAUCUUGCAAGUUGUUGCUACUCAUUGUAGGAAUUUUGCAGACAUCUCCUAUGGUGGUUAUGAAGGGAGACUUGGCGAGAGGCCAAAUAUCAAGGCUUUAGUCAGCAGAAUUAGAGAACAGAAAACUUUGUCAAUCCGCUGUGCAUUUAUUCUGUAUCAACAAUUUAGUGCAAGUGACCUCUUGUGGUGGAGAGGUCUUGCUCGACUGUGGGAAGUUGAAGGAUUUAUUAGGGAGGGCUAUGACAUGAUAAAAUAUCCAGAAGUAACAGAACGUGGAAGGCAGUUCCUGAGUUCUGAAACAUAGCAGCCAUUCCAUGUUUAUCCUGAAGUAGAUAUGUUGCUGUCCAUGACAAGUCCCAACCCCUUUUCCAGUUUUGCUGAAUGGCAAAGAAAGCGAACUUGGAAAUCUCCAAGAAAACAAAAAUCACGUAAACGUAGCCUGAUUCUAAUACGGUUCGAGGAAGAUUGACUGCCAUGCUAACAAAAAAGUGGCACAAAGUGAUGUCUAUGUAAACUUAGCUUGCAUUGAGAAGGAAGCUCUUAAGGUUUAUUUAGGAUUGAAAAUAAGAGAAACACUUCUAUAAUACGUCAUCUCCGGAUCUGUGUUUGCCUGCCCCCCUAAUUAGUUAACUUUAGUGGCACCAUUAACAAGAAGAAGCGCAUCUGGUGUAGUGGUAUCAUAUUACCAUCCCACGGUACUGACCGGGGUUCGAUUCCCCGGAUGCACACUCAAUUCAUUUUUAACUUUUUUCCUUUCUGGAAUAUAAUUCACUUCAAGCAA